UAUUGCUGUAAAGACCCGCGCAAUAAUUAAAGCCCGACGUUCAAUCGCGAUGCAGCCGAUGGGCCUCGACGUGUUGCUUGGGCUCGCGCAUCGAUAGGUAUAGACACAACGCAAUGGCGGCAUGGCUCCAUGUAACAUUGCGACAGCGCCCGCUUGCGCUCUGCGGCCAGCUGGUGCAGCGCGCCAGACGCUGCCUCGCCACCUCGGCGGCACCCGACGUCACAUCGGCGUUUGAGCGAGUCAUCACGCCCGAGGUGGCGGAGCACCUGGGCGCUCAGGGCUACGCGGUGGUGGACGGCGUGUUUGGCGGGGAGGCGGCGCGGCGGCUGCGUGGGGAGGUGGUGCGGCUGUACGAGGGCGGCCACAUGCACAAGAACUGCACACACCUGGUCAAGGACAACUCCACCUCGCUAGUGGAGAAGGCCCACAUACACGAGGCCGAGCUCACACUGGACUCGGGCGUGCAGGCCGCUGCGCCGCUGUGUUCGGCGCUCAACACCGACCGCACCCUGGCCACCAUGAUCAGUCUGUUCCUGCCGCAGCUCACAUUGGACUCACAGGCCAUCAAGCUGCAGUACAACGCGGGCGGCGGCGGCUGCUUCCCCAUGCACUACGACAGCGACGAGCAGCUGGACGGCCGCCGCGUCACCGCAAUCUUCUACCUCAACCCAGACUGGACCGAGGCGGACGGCGGGCAGCUGCGGCUGUACCCCUUCCCCGGCGCCCCGGUGGACGUGGCGCCGCGUGAGGACCGGCUGGUGCUGUUCGCCUCCACCCGUAUGGCGCACCGCGUCCUGCCGGCCGCCGCGCCGCGCUGCUGCUUCACCAUCUGGCUGUCGCAGAGCCGCAGGCGUGCCUUCGUGCGCCAGGCCCCCUCGCUGUCGGCACUGGAGCCGUCCAGUCCGGAUGACGUGGCGGCGGCGGCGCGCUUCCUGCUGCACCCGGCCGUGCGGCAACACGUGUCCAAGCUGGUGUAUGCGGAGGAGUGGGCUCGGUCUCUGGAGGAGAGCCAUGGGGACUCGGACACGAGAGGCGCCAUGCUUGAGCAGCACCACAAGGAGGUGGACAUCAUCCGCCGCAGCCUGGCCAAGUACCUGCCAGUAGUGGAGAAGCUAGCCAAGGGCCAGGUCGCGGCGCCCAUGCAGUGGUUUUAGUGCUUGAAGAUUAGUCUACGAUUUGGGGGAAAUGGGGGGCUGCGCUGGUGCUGGAGGUGUGAUGGCGGCUGCGUACGGCGACGCUGACAGGGGCGUGGGGUGCGCGCGUGGGAGGAGGAGGGCGUGGUAUGCCUACGCCAGCCUACGCUGUUGGCGGCAGGCAGGCAAUGAGGCAGGCUGGAUGCAGUGCAAUGGCGCGUAUUGAGGCACUGCGAAGUGUCCAGUCGAGAGUUGUGCAGGGGUUGUGGUGUGUGAUGGCGAUUGCUUCGCAGAAUGUGGAGCCGGUAGGAGAGAAGACGCUAACGGCAGGUGUCGCGUGCUGAUUGGGCGAUGGGGGUGAAUGGGGCCUCUGUCCGACGGACUUGAGGAUCGCUGUGUGCUUGUGAAAUUGCUGGUUGUAUAUCCACUUUGUAUUUACCCUAUAGAUAAACACGCAAGCGCAAACCGACUUGAAACGUUGCAAGGCAAUUCGCGUCUCUCGGCU